UUAUUCUGUGUUCGGCUCCCAUUCGUGUUAGGUACACUUUCUAUAAAUUUAAAUUUUUUGGUUCAGAUUUUUUUUAGAAUCGUUUUAUUUUUCUUAAGGUUGAUUAAAAAUCACAAUAUUUAAAUUACAGUUGAAAUUUAAAAGAAACAACUACAAAAUGAAGCGCUUGAUAUUAUUUUUGUUUUUCUUUGCUAUCACGGCUAUGGCUAGCGAAAAGACUUUAAAUGAAAUGCUUUUUAAUAGCAACAUCCAAUUUACAACAAAAAUGUUUAAAGAAGUAGUAAAAGCCAAACCAGGACAAAGUGUAGUGCUAUCAGCUUUUUCGGUUCUGCCACCUCUUGCUCAGCUUGCUUUAGCAUCUGUUGGGGAAUCACACGAUGAACUUCUUGAUGUUAUUGAAAUGCCAAAUGACAACGUUACUAAAGCAGUAUUUUCAAAAGCAAACACCGUUUUGAAAUUAGUAAAAGGAGUGACUCUUAAAAUGGCAAGCAAAGUCUACGUGGCUGAGAAUUAUGCAUUAAACAGGGACUUUGCCGCCCUUAGUCAAGAUGUUUUUGGAUCUGAAGUUGAAAAUAUCGAUUUUUCUGAAAACGAAAAUGCCUCUAAGAAAAUUAAUCAAUGGGUUGAAGAUGAAACAAAUAAUCGAAUUAAAGAUCUAGUAGACCCCACAUCCCUAGAUGCUGAUACCAAAGCUGUAUUAGUAAACGCAAUUUACUUUAAGGGUGCAUGGAAAACUCCUUUUGACAAGAAAAGCACAACCGACAGAGAUUUCCAUGUGAGCAAAGAAAAUGUUGUCAAAGUACCCACCAUGUACAAUUCAGACACCUUUUAUUACAUCGAUAGCGAGGAACUCGACGCACAGGUAUUGGAACUUAAAUAUGAAGGAGAAGAUUCUGCUCUGUAUGUUGUCCUUCCACAUGAUGUAGAUGGAAUUAACAAAUUGGAAGAAAAACUCAGAGACCCAUCAUUAUUGGAAAGUGUUAUAAGUACUAUGUCUGCAUCAGAAGUUGAGGUGUAUAUCCCUAAAUUUAAAAUUGAAACAACAAUAGAUCUCAAAGAAAUUCUGGAAAAUAUGAAUGUAAGGCGAUUAUUUAGUGCUGGCGAAGCUAGACUCGACAAUCUCCUAGAGUCCGUUAGUGAUUUCUACAUUAAUAAAGCUAAACAAAAGGCAUUUAUUGAAGUUAACGAAGAAGGUGCUGAGGCCGCAGCAGCUAAUGUAUUUGAUGUUAUGAAAUCGAUUCCACUUUUACCCUCAAGAACUGUUUUCGAUGCUAAUAGACCAUUUGUUUUUGUGGUAAAAGGAAAUGACUUGUCCUUAUUUAUUGGAGUUUAUGCUGGAAAUUAAAAAUUUAAUAAACGAUAACAAUCAA